AUGGACGAAAUUGUAAGCUCAAAUGGUCUAGUGAGCAUUUGGGAUUUCAUUGGCGAAGAAAUCGACAGUGCGUCUUCCCGAGGCAGCAGCCCAACGGCUGAGCUGCAGGGGCUGGAGGACAUACCAGCUGAAGACUUCGAAGAACCUUGUGAAGCACUGGGCACUUCAGGCGGCACAGCUGCUUUUUAUCGGCUUCGCUACCGAUCCGAUCGCGCGCCGAACGGCGUGCCCUUGGACUUCUUUAUUGGAAAAGAUUUAGCGCAUGCGAGUGAUGAGGUGGAGUUCUAUGCCAAGCUCCGCUGGGCGGUGCAGACGAGCGACGCCUGGCGUCGCUUUGGGCAGCGGGCCAUGUCCUGCCCGGGCGUCGCGCGCCUGGAGUGCGUGAACCCGAAGACGCAGGAGAGGAGCCGGCGGGCGAUUCUGCUGCUGGAGAAUCUGCGGCAGGGCUUCAGCCAGAUGAGGUUGUUGGACCUCAAAAUGGGUGCUGAAACCAGCGUGGCCUGCUGGAAAGGCAAGAGUCGGCUGAACGCGUGGAAGAACUCCUUGGUGGACCAACGAACGAACAGCGCCUGUGAGGGCUUCCGUUUGGAGGGCAUUGAGGGCCCCCCGGAGGGCUUGGAGGAGCGGAUGCGGCAGGUGAUGGAAGGAGUGGCCAGCUCCAAGUACGUCUCACCGAAGGUGAUCAAGCGCUUCACUCUGCAGAGGCUCCGGGCCGCCGAGAUCCUGGAGUUCUGGCUGGACGUCUCGCAUUUGGGCGCCGGCGGCGCGUUGCACGCGCAGCGCGCGGCGCUCCGAGCCUUUGAAGACGUGGGCAGCUUGCUGCAGGCCGUGCUGGGUUUGGAGGUGCCACAGCAGUGGAUUGGCUCUUCCGUGGCGCUGGCCGUGGAGAUGGGCGCCCUCCAGGCGGAGCCCAAGGUUGCUGUGAAGGUCUUCGAUUGGGGACGUGCUGAGUUGAACACCGUCACCGAGUUCGCUUACUUGCAGCCACCAGAGAAGGAGAGCAGGGCCCAUUACUGGAAGCAGUACUUGCGUGCCUUGGGGCGUCUCUAUUGGGAGCUGGGCCGUGUGGUCCUUCAUCGUUGCUGCUCUUGGGCCUGGAGCGUCUUGGUCUUGGAGCUCCGCAGCCUCUCGCCCACCCUGCUGCGCGCCGCGCUCUUGGGCGAGCAGGCCAGCACCGCCCGGAGCGUGACGCACUGCAUGGGCCUUCUGCAGAUGGAUCCUCGCGGCGGUGCUGGUGAGGUCUCCCUGCCACUUCUGGGACGCCCUGAGCAGGGCUCGUCUCGAGAAUCGAGCACCUUCGGCCUGGUGGGGAUGCUACGGAUGCACGUGCACGCGCCUGUGGAAGGGGUGGGGACCUGCCAAGUUCGGAUCCAAGAAGUGGAGAGUGAUUUGGACGCCUUGGGUUUGAGCAGCUCGCUCAUCAUCACUGUUAGAGCCCUGGCCUUCGAGCGUGCGGGGGAUGCUCGGGUCUACUUGGAAGCCUUCCAGUCUGAGUGCCCUGCGCCCCUCCCGCGUGGCCACGUCUGCGCACAGAGCACUCCACCUGGACGUUUUGGACCGGGGCGCCUGCGCUGGAAAACCAGCUGCUUGGAGUUCCGCGCCGGCGCUGCUGAGGAGGCCUGGGCCAAGCUACGCGAGGGCCCUUUGAGUCGCUUCGCCGCUGCCGAGCACCUGCCACCCAGCGUGGCCUUGCCAGAAGAGGUGGAUGAGAAGGCUCAACACUUCCUGAGGCACUUGCUGCCCUAG